UGUUAUCUCGUGGAUAUUAAUUCUUUAAUGUUUUUAUUAAAACAUCUUUUAUUUAAAGAAAACUUAUAAAACAAAAGGCUUUCAGGUUGAGGGAGUGCUGCUAGAACUCAGGAUGCAUCCAGAUCUCUCGUCACAUUUACACACUGAUGAAUGCAAUGAACUGAUUACACUACUGAAACAGUGCCACAAGGAGCACAACGUUAUGAAGUUCUUCGGAACGUGCAACACCGUGGAUCGAUUAAUGAGGGAGUGUCUAAACAGAGAGUAUGAAGCAAAGCGAGAGCGCAGCAAAGCUCAUGCGCAAGAGAUGAGACAACGACUGAAGGAAGGAUCCAAAGUUCAGCCCUAAACUACAUAUUUUAACCCUCCUGUUAUGUUUACGGGUCAAAUUGUUUCAAAUCUAAAAAGAUAUAGUUAAAAGUAUUUUUUGGUAUGAAACUUCAUUGAUUUCACUUAUUAAGUCAAGCAGAAGGAGUUAAUAAUGACAUAUAAACAAUAAUUAUUGGGAUGUUUGGUUUCUUUUGGAUAAUUAAACAAGUGGGGCAAAUUGACGAGAAACGAACUUAACAGGAGGGUUAAAUUUAGGAAAACCCAUUCAGAAGAAAUCCACAUUUAUGGGCAUCUGAUAUGCAGCGAUGAUUUGAUGGAUGUAUUUAUAAUGGACUUUUAAUUAAGUUAUGUAGUUAUGGUUAAAUAGGAAUAAAUUAACAGAUCAGUGUCACGUUAAAGGGUUGGGCGCCGUUCACAUGGACAUGGGCAUUACUGGCAAACUUUCAUCAUAAACCACAUCCAAUGUCGCAGUGGGUUCAGUGUCCCCAGAAUCACUAGGUGCAAUGCAGUAACACACCCUGUACAGCACACCAAUCCACCGUGGGGCGUCGGCUAUCCCCCAGCCAUCAUAUCUGCAUGUAGAUGCCCGACUGGCCAAUAGCACACUGGGGAUUCGAACCCUGGAUCGCGAGCUCCCACUGCAUGACUAACGUCAUAUAUAUUUAGAACAGUCUGAUGUAAAUUGGAACACAGUCAUAACCAGUGGAUGUUGAUGGCUGCAAUUAGCUCCCCCAUUAUGUACAUUAGUAACCUGAAUGACUCGAUCUCUGGCUCUGAUUAGCUGGUUGCAUUAUUUUUACAGGAUGACUGAGCAUCAUUUUGAAGCAAGCGUAUGAUACUUUAGUGCAUUAUUUUCAUUACAUCAUUGUGUUUUUAAUGGAUGCCAAAGACGUCCAUGUGAACGCAGCCUCAUUUUGGUUGCACAUAGCUUGGGUGUUAAAUAUAACCCCCAAACUAUUUUUUGUAAAAGGGCCAGAUAGGCCUGUCACGAUUAGGAACUUGUAGUAUUCUGUACACAUAACUGUGAAUAAAUUAACUUUAUUCAUUUA